AUGCCGUUCUUUGUAUCCAUAGAAGUAUGGGCUGAAAUAACAGAAACCCCUAAAAUGAAUAUAGCAACCAAAAAUAAUCGUUACCACAUAGCAUUUCUGUUAAAUCCGUUUUCUUUAGUUCCAUUUUCUGUUACCUUACAGCACUUGGAAUUGUUCAAAAGCCUCGCAAAUAUCCGGAUAGAUGAUAAAGAUAUGAGACUAAUUCAGUCACUCAACUUGCGGCAGACCGCAUAUCCAGUAGAACAAUUAACUGGUUCCCGUGCAAGCGAAGUGCCUGGCAAGAUUACAGAAGUCAGCCGCAGACCCCUUCGCCGCUCUCCCUUCGACUGGCUCCACUGUCCAUACGUGGAUCGUUCGCCCCAAAUCCAGUCAGCUGUUCCUCGGGCCCCUCCGCCUCGCCCCAAAGCCAGCGCAACCAAUUUUGUGGUUUCUACACUUGAACCAUUAACGGAACAUGUUAAGAAGGAUGAUUGGCACUUUAUUGCUCAGUACUGCUCAGUACAUCUGAGUUACAUUCAGCAGCAAAGAAAGUAUUUGGGAUCCAGAUCGCCGUCCUGCGGAGGGCCGUGCAGCGCUCGCCGCGCCGCUCACUUGGCCACCGCAGGCAGCGAGGACCAGAUUGCAGCCGCUCGUGCGUUGGGCGACUCUGUUGUGCUCCGGCGAGAGAGUGAGGAACCUCCUUGGAAGACAGCGCGUAUAAAGCCGCAAUCCGUCACGACGAUGAGCGCUGCGAUCACGACUCUCAUGCUGACAAUGCUCGGACUGACUUUGGCUUCGUCAGCCGAAACGCGAGGCCACGUGGGGGGGCUUGCGGUCGAACCCGCAGCCCUGUCCCUGGGGAGCCACAUCGGCGACUGGGGCGGAGCCGGAUGGGAGGGAGCCGGACGGGACGGAGCCGCAUGGGACGGAGCCGCAUGGGACGGAGCGGCAUGGGACGGAGCCGGACGGGACGGAGCCGCAUGGGACGGAGCCGCAUGGGACGGAGCCGCAUGGGGUGGCCGGAUCCAUGCGAACGAGUCUUUGGUGGCGGAUCAGGACCUCACGGACAGGGACAAACGCAUCUUGUUUACCCUCGUUCGCUUCAAAAACUCCGGCUGCACCGUCGGCUCGAACUCCGGGACCUGCUACACGGCCAGCGAGUGCCGGAGAAUUGGUGGCACGAACAUAGGGUCGUGCGCUCGAGGCUUUGGAGUUUGUUGUUACAAGGAGAUCACGUGCGGCGGCUCCUCCUCCACCAACUGCACGUACCUGGUGAGCCCUAACUACCCAAACACGUACAACGAGGCCCAGACGUGCACUAUGACCUUCACCAGAAACGCCAACACGUGCCAGCUGAGACUCGACUUCGAAGAGUUCAUGAGUACACAACCAGACAAUUUAGGCGUGUGCCAAGAGGAUCAGUUCACGGUCCCCGGAGAACGGAAGUUUGCUUACCUGUGUGGAAACAAACCUUCAGAACCAUGGCAUUUUUAUUUGGAUGUUAACGGAAAGCCCAACCCGACUGUUUUCAACUUUUUGACGACUGCUACAAGCUUCAACAGAAAAUUCAAAAUCAAGGUCUCCAUGAUCGAGUGCCGGCAAAAAGUGCCUUGCGGGUGCGGUCAAUACUUCACGGGCAUGACGGGCACAAUACAGAGUUUCAACUACGGCAGCGGCCCGUACCUCGCUGAGCUCGACUACGGCAUCUGCACCAGGAAAGAGAAGAAUAAGUGCACGACGACCCUCACCACCCUCGGUCCCAGUUUCACGGCCUGCCCCUUCGACCUGUACAGGAUCCCCGUCGGCCAGACCGGCGCGAACAACGGGAUCGCUUCACUCAACGUCCAGGCACUUUACUGUCAGCUUUUUGCCACAAAUAAUCCGCCGAAUUUUCAGGAUGUGACAACUAUUCCGUCGCCCUUGACGAGUGUGUCUAACGGCCCUUUCAUGAUAUGGCACAUGACCAUCAACGACCAAAUUCCCAACGCCUUGAAUGGCGCCCCCGAAUUGGCUGGAUUCUACCAGUCUUUCACUCACAACCCGUGCUAGCUGAGAGAGGCGGGUGGCUCGUGUUCUAGUAGCUAUGUAGGAACUUUCCAGUGAUUUAUAUUAUUUAAAUUAUAAAUGUUUAUAAACUAAA